AUGGACAACAGCAAAGCUGAGAAUGUCAGUAGUAUAUCAGUCACACUUAACUGGGAGAAACCAGCUACUGGGAUGAAGAAAUACCAUGUGACAUGUGAAUCUGAUGGACAGAAUAUUCAGGAGAAGACAACAGAGCUCAGCACAGUUACCUUCCACGGCCUGAAACCAGGGACCCCGUACUCCUUUCACAUUGUCACUGUUCUCACAAAUGGGAAGAGAAGCACUGCUGCUAGCACUUCUGCAGACACAACUUUCAAGUUGAAGGCGAUCGAUCUGGCUGCUGGAAAAGGAAAUAGAGCUGCUGCACGGGAGUUUGGCCUUAAUGAGUCGAUGAUAAGACGUUGGAAACAGCCGCGUGAGGAACUGACUCAGUGCAAAAAGACAACAAAAGCUUUCAGAGGGAAGAAAAGCAGAUGGCACGAACUAGAAAAUGACCUCGAAGACUGGGUCAACGCACAGAGAGCAGACGGCCGAGGUGUUUCAACUGUGCAGAUCCGACUGAAAACCAAAACAAUCACCACCGCAAUGAAGUUUGAGGAUUUUAGAGGUGGACCAUCGUGGUGUCUCAGAUUUAUGAGACGUAAAGGCCUGUCCAUCAGGGCACGGACGACUCUGUGUCAGCAGCUCCCUCCGGGCUACGAGGAAAAAGUUUCAAACUUCCGCAAAUUCACUCAUGCAAACAUAGCGGAGCUUUCCAUCGGCCCGCACGACAUCAUAAAUAUUCUUGUGAUUCCUGCACCAGAAAAGAUUACAGCGAAGUCUGUCACUAUCAACUCUGUGAGUCUUUCUUGGGAUCCCCCUGAAAACAUCAACACAUUUGAAGUGACUUACUCCAGUGGCACACACUCAGAGACCCUGAAGAUUAUAGGCUCCAGUGUUGCAGAGGUGAAGGACCUGCAUCCAGGAACAGAGUACACAUUCAGCCUUGUUUCUGUUGCUGAGAAUGGAGCUCGCAGUGAGACACUCACUGUGUCUCAGUGUACAGAACCUGCCCCACCCGACAACAUCAAAGUUGAAAAUGUCAGUAGUACGUCAGUCAUACUUAGUUGGGAUGAAGCAGGUACUGGGAUUAAGGAAUACCAUGUUACAUGUGAAUCUGAUGGACAGAAUAUUCAGGAAAAGACAACAGAGCUCAGCACAGUUACCUUCCACGCCCUGAAACCAGGGACCACGUACUCCUUUCACAUUGUCACUGUUCUCACAAAUGGGAAGAGAAGCACUGCUGCUAGCACUUCUGCAGACACAAUGAUUCCUGCACCAGAAAAGAUUACAGCGAAGUCUGUCACUAUCAACUCUGUGAGUCUUUCUUGGGAUCCUCCUGAAAACAUCAACACAUUUGAAGUGACUUACUCCAGUGGCACACACUCAGAGACCCAGAGGAUUAUAGGCUCCAGUGUUGCAGAGGUGAAGGACCUGCAUCCAGGAACAGAGUACACAUUCAGCCUUGUUUCUGUUGCUGAGAAUGGAGCUCGCAGUGAGACACUCACUGUGUCUCAGUGUACAGAACCUGCCCCACCCGACAACAUCAAAGUUGAAAAUGUCAGUAGUACGUCAGUCAUACUUAGUUGGGAUGAAGCAGGUACUGGGAUUAAGGAAUACCAUGUUACAUGUGAAUCUGAUGGACAGAAUAUUCAGGAAAAGACAACAGAGCCCAGCACAGUUACCUUCCACGCCCUGAAACCAGGGACCACGUACUCCUUUCACAUUGUCACUGUUCUCACAAAUGGGAAGAGAAGCACUGCUGCUAGCACUUCUGCAGACACAAUGAUUCCUGCACCAGAAAAGAUUACAGCGAAGUCUGUCACUAUCAACUCUGUGAGUCUUUCUUGGGAUCCUCCUGAAAGCAUCAACACAUUUGAAGUGACUUACUCCAGUGGCACACACUCAGAGACCCUGAAGAUUAUAGGCUCCAGUGUUGCAGAGGUGAAGGACCUGCAUCCAGGAACAGAGUACACAUUCAGCCUUGUUUCUGUUGCUGAGAAUGGAGCUCGCAAACCUGCCCCACCCGACAACAUCAAAGUGGAAAAUGUCAGUAAACCUGCACAGAUGGACAACAGCGAAGCUGAGAAUGUCAGUAGUAUAUCAGUCACACUUAACUGGGAGAAACCAGCUACUGGGACAAAGGAAUACCAAGUGACAUGUGAAUCUGAUGGACAGAAUAUUCAGGAGAAGACAACAGAGCUCAGCACAGUUACCUUCCACGCCCUGAAACCAGAGAUUACGUACUCCUUUCACAUUGUCACUGUUCUCACAAAUGGGAAGAGAAGCACUGCUGCUAGCACUGUGAUUCCUGCACCAGAAAAGAUUACAGUGAAGUCUGUCACUAUCAACUCUGUGAGUCUUUCUUGGGAUCCUCCUGAAAACCUCAACACAUUUGAAGUGACUUACUCCAGUGGCACACACUCAGAGACCCUGAAGAUUACAGGCUCCAACGUUGCAGAGGUGAAGGACCUGCAUCCAGGAACAGAGUACACAUUCAGCCUUGUUUCUGUUGGUGAGAAUGGAGCUCGCAGUGAGACACUCACUCUGUCUCAGUGUACAGAACCUGCCCCACCCGACAACAUCAAAGUGGAAAAUGUCAGUAGUACGUCAGUCACACUUAGUUGGGAUGAAGCAGGUACUGGGAUAAAGGAAUACCAUGUGACAUGUGAAUGUAAUGGACAGAAUAUUCAGGAGAAGACAACAGAGUCCAGCACAGUUACCUUCCACACCCUGAAACCAGGGACCACGUACUCCUUUCACAUUGUCACUGUUCUCACAAAUGGAAAGAGAAGCACUGCUGCUAGCACCUCUGCAAGCACAAGUACAGUGCUGACAGGACUUCUGCAGGACCUGGAUUUGGAGCAGUGCCAUCCUGAGAAGCUCUCCCUCAGUAGAGUCCUGGAGAUUGGCAGGGAGAGUGUCACAGAUGAGUCAGUUCAGUCACUCUCCUCACUGCCAUGGCUCUUCCUGAAGAAACUAAUGAUGGUGAAUGUUACUGCCAGGUCUGUUAAACUUGUCCCGUCAAAUGACACUAAUAGUAAUGACACAGACUGGGACAGUGAUGAGGAGAAACCACGGGAAAUAAAGGACAUAAAUCCUUUAGACAUUAUAACUGCACUCUUUCUCUGCUCAGAUAGUUUUCUUCAGCAGGAAAUGGCCCUGAAAAUGUCUUUAUGCCAGUUCUCUGUUCCUCUGCUUCUGCCAAACUGUGACACAAAACAGGUCACAUUCAUGCUUUGGGCAAUGAGAGAAAUUCUUAAAAAGUUUAGACCACAUUCAUUGGGAGAUCCCAGAGGAUUUGUGGAGGAGAGAAUAGUUGUCUCUAAUAUCCCACUGGUGUCUUUUGUAAGACUUGGUAAAUUCAGCCUUUCAAAGUCACACAUUUUAAACAUGUUACUCAGUAAUCCCCAACAGUAUCAUGACACAUUUGUUCACCAUAACAUGGACUCAGGUGAUGCUUUGAAGAGAAUAUCAAAUGGCCUGGUGGAAAUCAGCUGGUAUCUUCCGUGUGGGAACAAAAGUAUUGACAUCUUUCCAGAGCCUGUGGCUGUAGCUAAUUUGAGAGGUGAUAUCAGUACAUUUGAGACUCAGUAUCAUUUCCUGUGUCAGACAUCUGCAGCAGUGUUUGUGUUUUUUGAUCAGUUGGACUCAAACUACAAGAUGCCUCCCAGUCCACAUGUUAAAGCACAGUUGUAUUUGGUUGGCAAUGCACAGAGCAGCACCUUUAAUUAUGAUACUUUAAAAAAUGAAGCCAAGCACUUAGGACUAAAGAAAGGAAAUGUCAUUCUCAAAGACAAAAAGAAUGAUGCAGACUUUAUCAGGACUCUUCGCUCCGUAGUAACAGAUGUGAUUACAAACAACCCACACAAAAUGACACUGGAGCAGAUGACCACAGUGGCACAUGAACUUGGAAUCCGUGUGGAUGAGGACACAGUGGAAUGUCAGAAUGCCAAGAGAAAUGCAGAUGAAAUCACAUCAAAAAUACAGGACAUACAACAGUUCAAAGAGGAACAACUCCCGUUGCAGGGAGACAUCUGGAUGGAGGUGGCUAGGGUAGAGAAGGAGGAGUGCAGACUGAGGAAAGCUUGGAAUCAGGAUAUUGAACAGUAUAAAAGUGAUCUCAGAAAAAAGAAGAUGGAACUCAGACAGAAGCAAAAACAAUAUGACGUGUCAGAGGCAAUGAAGUGUUUCAUUAGUGCACUAUCAAGGCCAGGCUUGGAGAGAUCCUACUUCUUAAAAUGGAUGAAGAUGAAUCUGGACAAUCUGUCCCGUGAAAAGCUAUCAACUCUUAGAGAGCAGUAUAAAGAGAAAUGUCAGGACUCCUCAGAAGAAAGCAAAGAGGAAAUUGCAGAGCUGGACAACAAAAUCUCAAAGAGUUCCUUAGGAAUCGAACACUUUUUACGUGAAAUGGGUCAGCUGUAUGAAUCAGCAGUCAUCCUUUCAAAAAAUGAAGAAUCACAUAAACAAAUGCUUCACCUCCCCAAACUCUGUGCAGAGUUGCUGCUUGAGGGCUUCCCUAUUGAACUGGUUGAUGGAGAUGCAUCUAAUAUACCCCUGAGGUGGGUGAGUGAUGUGCUUGGUCAGCUGAACAGUCUGGUGAAGCCAAAUAAUAAAAUGUUGGUGGUGACAGUUUUGGGAGUCCAGAGCACAGGGAAGUCUACUCUUCUUAACACCAUGUUUGGGGUGCAGUUUGUUGUCAGUAAUGGAAGAUGCACUAGAGGGGCUUUCAUGGUGCUAAUCAAAAUCAAAGAUGACAUGAGAAAAGAACUUAAUUGUGAUUUUCUACUUAUCAUUGACACAGAGGGACUGAAGUCACCAGAACUGGCUCAACUUGACUACAGCUAUGAGCAUGACAAUGAACUGGCCACACUUGUAGUUGGACUGAGUGAUGUGACAAUUAUAAACAUUGCUAUGGAGAACUCCACAGAAAUGAAAGACAUCUUGCAGAUUGUUGUUCAUGCCUUUCUCAGGAUGAAGGAAGUGGGCAAGAGACCCAAAUGUCUGUUUGUGCAUCAAAAUGUAGCUGAUGUCUCAGCACAUGACAAGAACAUGAAGGAUCGAAAAAUGCUAUUGGAGCAGCUGAAUGAGAUGACACAGGCAGCAGCAAAAAUGGAGAAGAACGCAGAGAACAAAAAAUUCACUGAUGUGAUGGAAUAUGAUCCAGAGACUGACAGUGUUUACAUCCCUGGACUCUGGCAUGGAACUCCCCCCAUGUCACCAGUCAGUACAGGUUACAGUGAAUCUGUCUAUGACUUCAAAAAGAGCAUGAUUGAUGUUUUCAAGAAAUGCAAGACAUCUAGAAACACUGUUAUGCAUUUUCUGGAGUGGACUGAAAGCUUAUGGAGCGCUGUGAAGCAUGAAAACUUCAUUUUCAGCUUUAGGAACAGCUUGGUUGCUGAUUCUUACAUGAAGGUGUGCACUGAACUCAGUAAGUGGGAAUGGGAAUUCCGAAAGGACGUGCACACAUGGGUAACAACAGCUGAAACAAAGAUUUCCAAUUUUUGUAAUUUCCCUGAGACAUCACAGACAUCAGACAUAAAAAGCUUUGUCACUCAGCUGAAAACUGAUGCAUGCACUGAGCUCACCAAAGGAGAAAAAAACAUUUUAGACAAUAUUGCUUCAUACUACAAGAAAACAGACUGCCAUGUGGAACUUGUGGAAAAAUAUAGAGGGGACUUUGAAAACAGUGCCAAAUCCCUGAAAACAGAAUUAGAGAAUUCUGUGACGCAUCGUCUAGAUAGAGCUGCUUCACUCCGUCAGGGAAUGAUAACGCUGGAGUCCAUCAAAAACAACCACACCAGUAUAUUGGAGAAGAGAGUGCUUGCAUUGCUUGAAGAGUGCCAGAGGAACAAGUCUAAAAAAUCAGUGGAGGAACUUAGGUCUGACUUUGAAAACACGUGGGAUCAAACAAUAUGUGAAUUGUCAUUCGAAGGGAUUAAAAAAGAAGAUGUCAUGGGAAGUGUUUUUGGACAAGUAUUGAUAAAUCUUAAACACAAAAGAAUUUCAGUGGCACACGACUUAGACAAAAUCAGUUUUGAAAAAAAGUUUGGAUUAAAGCCCUUCACUGCCUGUACAUGGUGGGAGCAUAUUACACAUCUUUUGAAUCAAAGUUGGAUUAAGGACAUCCAGGUAAUGUCGAGCAACCUUAUAGCAAAAUGUAAGCAGUCUGCUGCUAACAUUAGAGCGGAGGAGACCAACUAUGAUGAGACACACAUCAGAGAAAUUCUGAAUUUGAUUGAUGAGACUUUAAAGGCCAAUGAACAUCUCAAAACAGACAAAAAGUUUGAGGAGAAUCUGAAACUGCAUAUUUGUAGCAUUGCAGGGAGGGAAUUCCAAAAAAUGCAUGAAUCUUUCAUACAAAAAAAUGAUCCCCGCAGAUGCCUCGAAAGAAACAAAGAGAAGUACUGGACAGACUUCAAGGAUCUUUUCUUUGACCAUGACCAGUGUCAGAGGAAAGCAGAUGAAUUUACAAAAUACUGUCUCAGACCAGCAAUAGAGAGCUAUAUUUCCAAAGUCCUUGGCACUGACAUUGUUGAUGAAGUUUUGUCCAGCAAAGGGUCAGUUAAUUUCAGCUCACGUGGCUCCUUUCAGUACUCACUUUUGAAACAACUGCUUGAUGAAUCUGAUUUUGAAAACUAUGUGUGUUACAUUUCCUCUUAUGAAGAAUUUGUGAAAGACUGGAUAUCUGAUCAAGUUACCAAACACUGUUCAGAGGAGAAAAUGUCAAAGUUGGAGGAGAAGCAUCUGACUGUGGCUAUAAAAAGCAUUGAAGAGGCCAUUUCCAAAACACAGAAAGACACAGAGAUAUCCAGUAACAUAAAGGACUUCAUUAACAAUUUUUGCACAGUUUUGAGGGACAGACUGACAGUCUCUCAUGAAGCUCGUGUAAACUUUUUGACCCUUAACAAUGCGAACCAGGACCAGUUUGUGAAACACCUUAAAAAAUCACUGGAGGAACUGGAAGUAGACUUGAAGGAGUCAUUUCAGAAAAGAAAUUUGGAAGAUAAACUGAAAACUCUUAAACUCAAACCACAGGAUGUGUUGUUCAAACAAAUGUUUGGCUGUGGGAAACAGUGUCCAUUCUGCAAGGCACCAUGUGAGGCAGGAGGGGAAAAACACAGUAAUCAUUCUGCCUCAAUUCACAGACCUGAAGGAUUAGGUAGAUACCGAUGGGAAUCCUCUGGAAAACUGAUGAUUGAUAUCUGUUCUUCUCUUGUCCACAGUGAGUCAAGGUUCAAAUGCACCGAGACAAAGGAUAAGUGGCACCCUUAUAAAGAUUACAGAGAGAUUUUCCCUGACUGGAAUAUUAUCCCAGACAGCAGCAUACAGGCCUCAGACUACUGGAAAUAUGUCAUGGCAAAAUUCAACGAGGAGUUUGCUAAGCAAUAUAAUGCUCAACCAGCAGAUAUACCUAGUGAGUGGAAAAACAUUAAAAAAGAACAGGCAGAAAAAGUCCUGAAUAAAUAUUACAACAUGCACUAA